AAGCGGCAGCGCGGGCUGGGAGCUGCUGGUCCCAGAGUCCUUGUACGCGUUCUGUCGUCUCUUUCCCAGCCUAGCCCAGCUUCACCAUGGUGGACGCCUUCGUGGGUACCUGGAAGUUAGUGGACAGCAAGAAUUUCGAUGACUACAUGAAGUCACUCGGUGUCGGUUUUGCUACCAGGCAGGUGGCCAAUAUGACCAAGCCUACCACAAUCAUUGAAGUGAAUGGGGACACAGUCAUCAUAAAAACACAAAGCACCUUCAAGAACACAGAGAUCAGCUUCAAGCUGGGAGUCGAGUUCGAUGAGACCACAGCAGAUGACAGGAAGGUCAAGUCCAUCGUGACACUGGAUGGUGGCAAACUUGUCCACGUGCAAAAGUGGAAUGGACAAGAGACAUCACUUGUGCGGGAAAUAGUCGACGGGAAACUCAUUCUGACACUCACCCAUGGCAGUGCGGUCUGCACUCGUACUUACGAGAAAGAGGCAUGACCUGCCCUCUCCUUCCACUGACUGCUCUUCUGCCAGUUGGCUACUCCUGGACUCGGCACCAGAUUGCCUCAUUUUUCUCCUCUGGCAUUUUGUAUAAAUCUACCUUGACUGGGGAAAUUCUCCUGGGGUCAGGUGGCACCAGCCUGGAUCCAGUUCCGUUCUCAUUGUGUCUCUUUGUUUUUUUAACUGCAUCCAAAGGGUGCUCUGAGGUCAAUAAAGCAGAGCCAAGGCCACCCA